UCCGGAGGCCCGCUUACUAGAGACCCCCGGAGGGCCACGCCAGGGGGUUUGGGGCGCCGUGAAACCGGGGACCCACCCGUCGGCCCGACAAUUUGCAUAACGGAGCCCGUCGCUUCCCCCGCCCCUCUGCUGCGCUCUUCUCCCCUCCUUCGUCGUCCCCUCCACCCCUCAGCCCCGGUCCCUCACCCGUCCCCAGCAGACCCUCCUGCCGGGACCUGGCGCCGGGCUCCCAGCGGCCGGGCUCCCCUGCGGCCGCGGGGAGCCGAGUCGAGCGGCACCUGGGGGGAGGGGAGUGCAGGGCAGGGCCGGGCCGGGGAAGACGCCUGGGGCACUGCCCGGCGCUAACAAAGGGAGCGGCUGGCGGCCGGCGAGGGCGCGGAGCGGGCGGAGCAGCCGCAGCCCAGGCGGCUGAGCGCGCAGCGAACAGGGUAGAGCCCGUUGUGCAGAGCUCUGCAGCGAGCGGCCCAGACAGAAGCAGUGAAAUCCUGGAGCCCAGCUGAAAUGAACUGGCCUCCUUGAGUGGGCUCAAGCCCUGGUGCCAGGCCUCUGUCUCAGCACUGAGGAUCUCAGGGACCAUCAGGACCUCCUCGAUGUCCUUCCAGCACUGUUCCAGCUGCCUGCAUCCUACACAUCCUUCCAGAUGUUUUUUGAUCAUCCAGAGAAAAAUGAGUCUUGGCCUCCAGACACAAUAAAGCAAACAUUCCUCCCAUGGAGAAUAGCACUGGUUCCUAAGGACCCAAAGGGCCUGCAGCCCCAAGGGGAUUAGCCAACAGCAGUGCAAAGACCGUGAACUUUUAGAGUCAGAUAGACCUGGGUUGGAAUCCUGGUUCUGGCAAUGACUACCUGUUGACUUUGGAGAAGCCCUGCUUGUUUUCUGCUCAGAACAGAGUGGCUGCCCUGAAAACAUCUUUCAUUAUGAUUCACACCAACCUGAAGAAAAAGUUCAGCUGCUGUGCGCUGGCCUUUCUCCUGUUUGCAGUCAUCUGUGUGUGGAAGGAGAAGAAGAAAGGCAGUUACUAUGAUUCCCUUAAGUUGCAAACCAAGGAAUUCCAGCUGUUGAGAGGUCUGGAGAAACAGGCUGCGACUUCAAGCAGCACCCAGAAGCCCCCCAGGGGCAACCAGGCGCUCAGCAGUCCCCGGGGCCCAGCCAAAGCCAAGCCAGAGGCCUCCUUCCAGGUGUGGAACAAGGACAGCUCUUCCAAGAACCUCAUCCCCAGGCUGCAGAAGAUCUGGAGGAAUUAUCUGAAUAUGAACAAGUACAAAGUGUCCUAUAAGGGGCCAGGGCCGGGUGUCAAGUUCAGCGCAGAGGCCCUGCACUGUCACCUCCGGGACCACGUGAACGUCUCCAUGGUGGAGGCCACAGAUUUUCCCUUCAACACGUCCGAAUGGGAGGGUUUCCUGCCCAAGGAGAACAUCAGGACCAAGGCUGGGCCAUGGGGCAGGUGUGCUGUUGUCUCAUCGGCCGGAUCACUGAAGUCCUCCCAGCUGGGCCGAGAAAUAGAUGAUCAUGACGCAGUCCUGAGGUUUAAUGGGGCACCCACAGCCAGUUUCCAACAAGAUGUGGGCACGAAAACCACCAUUCGCCUGAUGAACUCUCAGCUGGUCACCACUGAAGGGCGCUUCCUCAAAGACAGUCUGUACAACGAGGGAAUCCUGAUUGUGUGGGACCCGUCUGUUUACCAUUCAGAUAUCCCAAAGUGGUACCAGAGCCCUGACUAUAGCUUCUUCGAGAACUAUAAAAGCUACCGCAAGCUGCAUCCAGACCAGCCCUUUUACAUCCUCAAGCCCCAGAUGCCUUGGGAGCUGUGGGACAUCAUUCAAGAAGUCUCCCCAGAGGAGAUUCAGCCCAACCCCCCAUCCUCUGGGAUGCUUGGUAUCAUCAUCAUGAUGACACUAUGUGACCAGGUGGAUAUUUACGAGUUCCUCCCGUCCAAGCGCAAGACCGACGUGUGCUACUACUACCAGAAGUUCUUCGACAGCGCCUGCACGAUGGGCGCCUACCACCCGCUCCUCUUUGAGAAGAAUCUGGUGAAGCACCUCAACCAGGGCACAGACGAGGACAUUUACCUGCUGGGGAAAGCUACACUGCCUGGCUUCCGGAAAAUUCGCUGCUGAGCGUCGGCUCCCCAGUCAGGUCCCCUCACCCUUCUCCACCAAGUCUGGGCAGAUCACGUUCUCGAACAAUCACAACCCGCACAGUGGGCCUUCUGCCAACGAGAGCCUCAGGCUGCAGGAGUCCCAACAGCAAGCAGCCUGGUCCAGCCUGCCCUGGAGCUGCAGAGCUGUGCGAGCCCAAUGCCUCCCGCCACACACGUGUCCACACACCCUAAGCAUUGUUUCCUCACCACCUGUCCCCCCAGGGCUGCCGACACUGGGCUGUUUCCCCAUCAGAAUGAUGUUAAUCUCACAAACCAGAGCUCUCUCUUGCUCAAAAUCUGCACCUAGACACGGAUUUCAUGUGUAAAAGAAAUUCUCCCCAAUUAUGAUUGUGCCCGGGUAUAGGGUGGCUCUGGGGAGCCAGUAAGUGGUUCAGGGCAUAGGAAACAUGCUCGAUUCCUCCAGAACAAAGUUGCUCCUGAGGUCCAUGCCCCUGGGAGAGGUGGCGUUCCUAUCACUCUAGCCUGUUUGGCGGGUCCUUAGCCUGGGUGCUUAUGCACAGUGGGUCUCAGUGAAGCCACAUCCUCUCCAUAUGGAGAAGAGAGGCCUGGGAGGGCACGGUCUCCAUCCUCCAGAGGCUCACAGUGCAGUGGGAGAGAGACAGAGGAUUCGGUGUGCUCCGGGCACGGGGGGUUGGUGGUGAGGCAGACUCGCCGUGCUGUGGGCUUGUGUGCGCCGAGGGGCCACGCAUUUGCUGUGUCUGUGGGUCAGAGAGGGCUUCGCCGAGCUGGGCUGUGGAGAUUUUAGAGGAAGAGGAGAAACGCAUCAAGCAGAUGUUUGAGUCAUUUGAGUUGUGUUUUCCUUUCUGCAUUUAUUGCCCACUUAUUCUCUAAGGGCCGCCUGAACUUUGAGGCCCAAGUGAUUUUCCGAGGAAACUGCUUCCCCUGAGUGCAGACACCUGGCAAGCCCGAUGCCAAAACCUGACUGGUCCGUGCUCGGCCUAGUGGACCCUUCGCUGCUGCUGGGUUCGCACACCGUGUCAGCUGCUUCCCCAUGAACGCUCACCCCACCCCUCUUGGCUGCCAUCUCAUUUUCCCCUUCAAAGCAGAUUUUUUUUUCCCUCUCUCAAAUUACUUUUAAGCAUUUUGUACGUUAAAAGUAUCCUGAUCUGAUGAUUUCUUUCACCUUCAUGGGCCUUUUGCAGAAUGUCUCUCAGGGAGUGGGGAUGUGGUUCCCUAGAAUUUAAAGUUGCUCUCAGAAGUCAGAGCCUUAGCGAUCAUAACUGAUUCUCACAGGGGUUAUCGGACGGCCGUGCGCUCCACCCCUCCAGCAAGGUGCAAUGUCAGAGUCUCCAGAGAAAGGCCCUCCCACUGUGGUGUGCAAACAUGCUUCCCGGGUAGUUUUGCUACCCCCUUCGCCAGUGGAGAACCGCACUGGACUGGUCUGGGCCCUGGUGAGGAGAAGGUGAAGGACUUGCUCAGGGACACAAAGUAAUGGUGUAGAGCCAGGGCUCCUGACCCAUGCGCUCAAGGGCCUCUUAAGCUUAAGCCCUGAAGAGUCGUCUGGGAGCUGGAGCGCUCACGGGCUGCCAAAGCCUUGGCUUAUAUAGGCAGCGGCAGGAGCCCUGGAGGGAGAAGCCCUGGGCUUUCCAACUGGUGCUCCCUUAUACACUGGCCAUGCCGCCAUGAGCGAAUUUUCCUGAGACUCUGUUUCCAUGUCUGUAAAACGAGGGUGAUGCGUCUACCUCACAGCGCUGUUGUAAGGGUCACACGAAACACCUGUGCCGGCUCUGUACCUGGCACAUAGCAGGUGCUCAGUACAGGGGGCUGCCUUCCUCCCGCCCUCCCUCCCUUCCUCCCUUCCUCCCUUUACUAAGGACCUGCUCCAAGCUCACACCUGGGCAUGACCUUGCUUUGAGGGAGGUCAGAGAGGGGGUCCAGUCAUCAGGGAAUUAACUAUCCUACUGGGAAACAACUACCCUGCCUGGAACACCCAGGAAACCAUCGGAGGCCAUGGAGGGUGCAGGUGCAGAAGUGUCCGUCCCCCUCCUCUCCCUCCCCCACCCGCCAUCUCCUUGCAGCUCUGGCCUUUCUGCUUGGGAAUGGGCCGAGCAUUUGGGCUGCUUCCUGCUGUGGGGAGGGAGUCUUUCCCACCUGUCUGGGCCCAUGAAUCCCCAGCUUGCUUUAGGUUCUGAUUUGAUGCACGCAUUGCAAUCUUUGAAUCAUACACAGUGAGUGGAAGUUGGCAGGAGGCAGGCGUUGGUGUGGACACAGACUACACUGGGUAGAUGCUAGCUUUUAAUUGUUAAUAUAAAGGAUCAGAUUAAUUUAAGUGUGAUUCUGGAUCUACAGGACAUUUAUUUCUGUGUUCUCUCUUUAUGGAGACUAGUAAAAUGCAGACAAGACAGGGGUAUUAUUGUUGGUCUGGUGAGAGGUUUCAUAAUUGUGACGUAAUUUAAAAAUGGUGAUUCUGUGCUGCAGGGAAGUCCCUGUCUCGAGGGGUUGUGUCUUUGUCAGUAGCUCUCUCUUCAUCCUACAUCAUGAGGUCCCCCAAUCCUUCAAUCACAUAAGCUAUUCACCUUGGUUUGGAGACCUCGAUCUCAGAAGUGUCUGGAAACAUGACUAAUCAAAUUCUGAAUUACCCAAAGAUGAUGUAAAAUUUUAAAAUAAAUGUGUUUUUAAAAAGCU